UAUAUAAAAGGCACAUAAAUGUAGUAUUUGGCCUAUUGAAUUUAAGGCCCAUUAUCCCAAUAUUUUGAAAAUGCCCGCCAUUUUUAUGAAUAUCAUCUCUUUGGUGUUAUCGAUAACAGUAAAAUGCGACGCGCCGUUUCAGUUAAACUGUUGCUCAGUAAUUUAAAUAGCAACAAAUCCAAAGCGUUAACUAAGUAUUAUGCCACACAGACUGAGACGACGGAUUAUACGUUAGAUGCCAAAGAAUAUUUAGAUUUUAAAAGACAGCUCCGAUUUAACAAUGUGCCACACAAAGAUGGACACACGUGCUUGCAUUUGGAAUGCCGGCUGUGUGCUGCACGUAACACAAAAGACCUUCAACCCGAACGAGGGGCAAGCAAAGGACAAGGACAUGUUGCACGAUGGGCCUAUGUAAAUAAACGAACUGGCACUGUCGUCUGUCCCAAUUGUGAAGUGAAAUCUUAUCUAAGUCAAAUAUUGCCGGCUUAUCAAUUAACACCACCCGCUGGAUAUCAACGGCUAAUUCAACGUCAACCUUUGUUUACCUCUUCUUAUAUUAACCUUACAAGUGUCUCCCAGGAAGCAUGUGAUUUACUAGGCAUUAAGGGUCUAAAGGCUACACAGUUAAAUGCCAUAGGAGCACAAUGGGAACCGCAAGAGCAGCUGCUAGUCUUUCAAUUGCGUAAUGCUGCCCAACAUGUGGUAGGGGAGAAAAUUUUACAUUUGACUGGUGAUCGCCGUGAGAAAACCAUUAGCCACAAGGAUGCAACAAAUUCUGGACUACUCGUGCAUGGAGUGGGCAAACAGAAGGCGGUGCUGGUUAGCAAUCUAAUGGAUUUCAUAGUCCUUGCCACACAGAACAUAGAAACGCAUUCCAUUGUCUGCCUGCCAUUCGAACUGAAAAUGCUACCUCAAGAAUGUUUGCCUGGACUGGAGCUUUUCAAGGAGUUGAUAUUUUGGUUGCACUACGAUGCCUCACAUAGUUGGGAUGCGGCUCGAACGUUUGCCCAGAAACUGGAGGACAAACGUUGCCUGCUCAUUAGGCCAACGGAAACAGAACCAUCACCGCAUUUGGCUCAACGUCGUCGUCUCAAUCUUCGUCAUAUUCUGGCAAAAGCCCAGCCAGUUCGUCAUAGAUCGAUUACCACAUUUAAUGCAAUGCGCAAUGACAUACUGAGCGAAUUGCAAAACAUUGAAAAAGUGAAUGGCGUCAAAUGGAAACGUUUUCCGGUGCUUAACAAAUUGCUAAAGGGUCAUCGCCGUGGCGAGCUGACAAUCCUGACAGGUCCCACAGGCAGCGGCAAAACCACAUUCAUGAGCGAAUAUUCUUUGGAUUUGGCUAUCCAGGGAGUUUCCACACUGUGGGGCUCCUUUGAGAUUCGCAAUACUCGUCUGGCAAGUACAUUGCUGCGUCAAUAUGUUGGUUAUCCUCUGGACGACAAGCUCAAUGAGUUCUCCCACUGGGCCACAGAGUUCGAACGUAUUCCGCUCUACUUUAUGACAUUUCAUGGUCAGCAGCCACUUAAGCCGGUCUUGGAAGCUAUUGAGCAUGCCUCCUAUGUUCAUGAUGUACAGCAUGUGAUAAUUGAUAAUCUCCAAUUCAUGAUGGGCGUAUCCAGUUAUCGGGGUGAUAAAUUUUGGGAACAAGAUUCAAUUAUAGCGGCCUUUCGUAGUUUUGCUACCAAACAUAAUGUCCAUGUGACAUUGGUUAUGCAUCCGCGUAAAGAGCGGCAAGAGGAUGAGCUAACAACAAGUUCGGUAUUUGGCACAGCCAAAGCUACCCAAGAGGCUGACAAUGUCCUAAUCAUACAGGAUAAACGUCUAACAUCGGUGAGGGGUAAGAAAUAUUUACAAAUUGCCAAAAAUCGUUAUAGUGGAGAUCUCGGCAUCAUGCCAUUGGAAUUCGAUAAAGAUGCUCUAAGCUAUUCGACCACAGUGCAGAGUGCCAAACGUCGUAAGGAAAAGGAGAAACCAAUGUGAUUAAGGAGUCAAGUUGUUGGAUAAUGUAAUGAGUAUUUAUUUCUUAAAUAUUUACAAACAACAUUUUUUUUACACUGAAUUGUUUUCUAGCCAACAAAUAAUUUUGUUAAUAAAUUAAACGGUUGUUUACAUAAAGGACAUUGA